UGAACUGGGUUGAUCAUAGCAAGACACUUAGGGAACAAGGUAUAGAUGAGACAGAAAUCCUCCUUUUGCGAAGAAAAUACUUCUUCUCUGAUCAAAACAUUGACUCAAGAGAUCCCGUCCAGCUUGGUCUUCUCUAUGUACAAUGCCGAGAUGCCAUCCUUGAUGGGACUCACCCAGUGACACUCGAGCGAGCUUGCAGUUUUGCAGGAAUUCAGUGCCAGAUUCAGUUUGGUGACCAUGUCGACUCCAAGCACAAACCUGGAUUUUUGGACCUGAAAGAAUUCUUGCCUCAGAGUUAUGUUAAGACAAAGGGCAUUGAAAAAAAGAUUUUCCAAGAACACAAAACACAUGCUGGCAAGAAUGAGCUAGAUGCCAAGGUCACAUAUGUGGGUUUAGCUCGCUCACUGAAAACAUAUGGUGUGACCUUCUUCUUGGUUAAGGAGAAAAUGAAAAGUAGGAACAAAUUGGUACCACGACUUCUUGGAGUGACAAAAGAUUCAGUGUUGCGUCUCGAUGAGAAGACCAAAGAAAUCCUCAAGACAUGGCCUCUAACUACUGUGCGCCGAUGGGCAGCAUCUCCAAACACAUUUACAUUGGAUUUUGGUGACUACUCAGACCAGUAUUAUUCAGUACAGACUACAGAGGGUGAACAGAUUUCUCAGUUGAUUGCUGGCUACAUUGACAUCAUCUUGAAGAAGCAAAGAGCAAAAGAUCACAUUGGCAUUGAGGGUGAUGAUGGGUCUGCAAUGGUGGAAGAUACUGUCUCUCCUAUUAAGGCCAGCAUCAUCCAACAUGGAGACACAGAGGUGCACCAUGCAGAAAGGGAGUCAGUGUCCAAACCAGCUGUAAUGAGGCCAGGAGUGAAUGGCGCGCAGAGUUUCGGCACAGGAUCCAUGCCGGGAGUGCAGUCUGUGGCCAUUGUAGGGAAGAUCAAUCUUGCUCACCAGCCCCCUACAGCUAAGCAUCCUCAGGUGACCAGUGUCCUGAGCAAACCUCAAAAGGCACUUGUCUCAACCAUUGAAACUGGUCAUGUGAUCAUUGAAGAAUGUGCAGAAAGUCUGGAAACCAAGGCUGAGCUUCCUGAGCUGGGCACUGACCCAGCCUCCAUCAAGUGGAAGCAAGUCACCCUUGAUUCCAACAAGCAGACUGUCACCAGCCAGAUUGCUGCCAUGAAUGCUGCCACUGCUGAAGUUGUAACCCUGACUUCUUCUGUGCACGAAGAAGUGGAUCAUACUGCUGUGGGAGCUGCCAUUCACACUAUUACUUCCAACCUGCCAGAGAUGACAAAGGGUGUGCGUAUGAUUGCUGCCUUGCUGGAGACCGAUAAUGAGUCCAACAAUCUACUUGGUGCAGCCAAAGUACUUUGCCAUGCCUUCUCUGAUCUGCUGACAGCUGCUGAACCUGAGAAGAAAGAACCUCGUCAAGGUCUGCUUACUGCUGCAUCUCGAGUUGGUGAGGCAUCAACUGCUGUUCUCCACACUGUUGAUGGCAAUCUUGACCAUGAAACUCAAGACAUUUUGCUGGGCUUGGCCAAGGCUGUGGCAAAUACCACUGCAGCUCUCAUUCUAAAGGCCAAGGCAGUUGCAUCUCGUUGUGAAGACCAGGAGCUGCAAAAUGUUGUAAUAAAUUCAGCCACAGCAUGUGCUCUGGCAACUUCCCAGCUUGUAGCUUGUGCAAAGGUUGUUGCCCCUACGAUUGACAGCCCAGCUUGCCAAAGCCAGCUGAUUGAGGCAGCCAAGGAGGUAGGCCGUGCAGUUGAAGGCAUGGUACAAGUAUGCCAGCGGGCCACCCAAGAUGAGGCACUUCUUAGGGACCUCUCUCAGGCUGCAGGUGAAGUCACCCGUGCCCUUAAUGAUCUUCUAAAUCACAUCAAGACGGCUGGUGAACAGAAAGGAAGACUCAGUGUCCAUGAUGAAGCAGUGGAAACCAUUCUUGUAUCAAGUGAGAAAUUGUUUGCUUCACAGGGGAAUGCAUCAGAAAUGGUCAGGCAAGCAAAGAUAUUAGCUCAGGCAACCUCGCAUUUGAUCCAGUCCAUUAAGUUUGAAGCUGAAAGCCAGACAGAUACUGAUUUACAGAACAGAUUGUUGGCUGCAGCCAAGCAACUCGCAGAUGCAACAGCUAAGAUGGUAGAAUCAGCUAAGCAGUGUGCUUCAAAUCCUAAUGAUGAGAAGAGACAGUUAGAACUUAGACAGGCUGCUGAGAAUGUAAGAAUUGCUACCAAUGCAGCAGCUAGUAAUGCUUUAAAAAAGAAGAUCAUCAAACGUUUGGAGAAUGCAGCAAAGCAUGCAGCUGCAACGGGAACUCAGUGCAUGGCUGCAGCACAGGGUGCUGGACCACACAACACAAGUCCAGGUACACAGGAUGAGCUAAUAUCUGACUGUAAAGCAGUAGCUGACGUGAUUCCACGACUUGUAGAGGGUGUCAAAGGAACAAUCAAUAAUUCAGAUUCUCCUCGUGCUCAGUUAGCACUUAUUAACUCUUGCAAUCAAUUCCUACAGCCAGGUACAAAGAUGGUUGCUUCAGUAAAGGCUGCCUUACCUACAGUGUCAGACCAAGCUUCAGCCCUUCAGCUUAACAAUUCUUCAAAACAGUUUGGUCAGGCUUUAGUGGAUCUUAGGUCUGCUAUUGGAAAGGCACAGGAGGCUUGUGGAUCACUGGAAAUUGACUCUGCUUUGGAUGCUAUUCAGGGUCUGAAAGAUGAUCUCAGUGACUUGAAGGAAGCUGCUGACAAAGGCACUCUGCGUCCCUUGCCAGGUGAAACACAAGAGAGUGCAGCUCAACAUCUUACGAACUCCAGCAAAACUGUAGGCUCUACCAUGGCUCAGCUUCUGACUUCCUCUGCCCAGGGCAACCAGCACUUCAUAGGCUUAGCAUCACGGGAUACCGCACUGGCGCUGAAGGAGUUCUCUUCUGCUGUUCGUGGUGUGGUGGCUACAUCAACAGACCAUGACUUGCGUGACCGUCUCAUUCAUGCUGCUCGUGAGGUCAUGAUCAAAUCAUCAGAACUGAUAGAAGAAGCACGUAUAGUGGUACAAGGUCCACAGGAUGUUGCAUCUCAACAAAAGCUUGCCCAGGUGGCAAAGGGAGUCUCACAGGCUCUCAACAAGACCUUCAAUCUUUUACCUGGCCAGAAGGAUGUGGAUGAUGCUAUUUUGACUAUCACAGAUUCAACCAAUGAUUUAGAUGCUGGUAGAUUCCCACCCACCACAAAACCAUAUGGUGAACUGCAGUCAGAACUCAGCAAUGCUGCAGCUGAACUUAACACUGUUACAACUGAGGUGGUUUCUUCAGCCCGUAUCUCAACACAGCACUUGGCCACAUCAUCAAAGAAAUUCUCGACUGCAUUUGGUAGUCUGAUGGGAGUAGGCAUGGAAAUGGCUGGUACUACUAAGGACCAAGAAGUUCAGGGGCAGAUGGUUGUCAGCCUUAAGAGUGUUUCAAUGUCAUCAUCCAAGCUGUUGGUAUCUGCUAAAGCUGUUGCAGCUGAUCCCAAUGCUCCUAAUGCAAAGAACCAACUCGCAAGUGCUGCUCGGGCUGUAACAGAUUCAAUUAACAACCUUAUCAAUGUAUGCACUUCAGCUGCACCAGGGCAGAAAGAAUGCGAUAAUGCUGUACGAGCCAUCCAGUCCAUGAGGCCUCUUCUAGAUCAUCCAUCAGAACCAGUGACAGAUGCUUCAUACUUUGAGUGUCUGGACACAGUUAUGGACCGCUCUAAGAGUCUUGGAGAUGCCAUGACUGGUAUUGCCAAUCAUGCCAAAAAGCUGGAACAUGAUAGAUUUGGCAGUGCUGUUAAAGAAGUAAGUGGAGCCAUCUGUGGUCUGGUGGAGAGUGCUGCUCAGGCUGCCUAUCUUGUUGGUGUGUCAGAUCCAACAAGUGUUGCUGGACGCCCAGGAUUGGUUGACCAGUCCCAGUUUGCUCGUGCCUAUGAGGCAAUUAUCACAGCAUGUGAAACACUUUCCAACCCCAACAGUAACCAGCAGGAGGUUCUGAGUGCAGCAACCAUCAUUGCCAAGCAUACAAGUGCAUUAUGCAACAGUUGCCGUGUAGCAUCUGCCAAGACAAAUAACCCAGUUGCGAAGAGGCACUUUGUACAGUCUGCCAAAGAUGUGGCAAAUGCAACAGCUCAUCUAGUGAAAGAAAUAAAAACACUGGAUCAGGACUACAGCGAUGAGAACCGGGCUCGAUGCAGUGCAGCCACUAAACCCUUGCUGGAAGCUGUGGAGAACCUAUGCACUUUUGCAAACUCACCAGAUUUUGCAUCAGUACCAGCUAAAAUUUCUAGCAAAGCUCGUGAAUCACAAGAACCAAUCACAUCAGCAGGCAGAGCUAUCAUCAGUGGAUCAUGUUCCAUGAUAGAAUCAGCCAAAAGCCUUGCUGUCAAUCCAAAAGACCCACCAACCUGGCAGUCACUUGCUAGUCAUAGCAAGAAUGUAUCUGACAGUAUAAAGAAGCUUGUGUCAUCAAUUAGAGACAAAGCCCCAGGACAGAAGGAGUGUGAUGAAGCCAUUGAUAAACUUAACAUGAACAUUAGGGACUUGGAUCAAGCAUCCUUACGUGUGUUGGACCAGAACCUCCAGCAACAGACUGAAAAUUCCUUGCAGGGUUUCAAUGAACAAGUAGAGAAUGCUGGACAAGCUCUUCUAAACAAUAUCGAUAAGGUUCGUUCAGCUGCCAAGAGUGAGGCAGAGAAGCUUGGCCAUUCCAUCACUCAGAUGUCAAGCUACUUUGACCCAAUGGUCACAGCUGCUAUUGGCUCUGCAUCAAACAUGCUCAACAACAAACAGCAGAUGUGUCUACUGGAUCAAACAAAGGCUGUUGCUGAGUAUGCUUUGCAACUUGUUUAUGUAUCCAAGGAGGCUGGAGGCAAUCCCAAGGCAAUCCAUGAUCAUCCAGAUGUGGAUGAUGCUGCAGAUACUAUGAAGGAGACACUUCAGGAGCUACUGUCAACUGUAGAAACAAUAGCCACAGAGGCUGGUGUUGUCUCAGGAUUGGUUGAGUCAAUUACCACAGCCAUGCACAGACUUGAGGAUAAUGCUGUUGCUGUCUCUGAUGACAGUGAGAGCUUUGUUGACUAUCAGACACGAAUGGUCACAGCUGCCAAAGAGAUUGCAAGAUUGGCUCAGGAUAUGGUUGGAAAGGCAGCCUCAGAUGCUAGUCAGCUGGGUAAUCUUGGAGCUAGUGUGUCACAUCAGUACAGCUCCUUGUCCUCAGACUCUGCUGGGGCCAUCCGUCAAACUUCAAAUGCAGAAAUUGCUACUCGUCUGCGAAGCAGUGUGCAUGAGCUUGGACAGGCAUGUAUUGACUUGGUGAAGUCCGGAGGGUCAUGCCAGGCUGCUCCACGUGAUACAUUCUGCCAGCGUGACCUUGCUGAAUCUGCUCGCCAUGUUGGAGAAAAGGCUUCUCAUGUUAUGGCUGCACUUCAAGCUGGUUCUCAAGGCACCCAGGCUUGCAUCAAUGCUGCUUCUACAGUCUCUGGUAUCAUUGGUGACCUUGAUACAACCAUCAUGUUUGCAACAGCUGGUACUCUCAAUGCUGAAAAGGAAGGUGAAAAUUUCUCAGACCACAGGGAAUAUAUUCUCAAGACUGCUAAGGCUCUUGUGGAAGAUACAAAGACACUUGUGGCAGGAGCAGCAUCAUCACAAGAACAGCUGGCUGUUGCUGCCCAAAAUGCUGUAACCACCAUUGUUCAAUUGUCUGAUGUUGUGAAGAGUGGAGCUUCCUCUCUUGGAGCAAAUAAUCCUGAAGCACAGGUGAUGCUGAUCAAUGCAGUGAAGGAUGUGGCCAUGGCCCUGGGUGACCUGAUCCAUGCCACAAAGGCAGCAUCUGGCAAGUCCCUUAACGAUCCUGCCAUGACCACACUAAAGGAAUCAGCAAAGGUCAUGGUAACCAAUGUGACAUCCCUACUAAAGACAGUAAAGGCAGUUGAAGAUGAACACACCCGAGGAACAAGAGCUUUGGAGGCCACAAUUGAAGCCAUUGCACAAGAGAUCAGGGCCUUUGAUUCUGAUGAGGCUCCAAAGACCAAGGCCACCCCAGAAGACUUGGUGCGGUGCACCAAGCCUAUUACUCUUGCAACUGCCAAGGCUGUUGGAGCUGGAAACAGUCUCAAGCAGGAAGAUGUCAUUGUGGCUGCCAAUAUGGGUCGCAAGGCUAUUUCUGAUAUGCUAACAACAUGCAAGGCUGCUGCAUGGGGAGCAGAAACUGUGGAACUUCGCUCAAAGGUGUUGACUUCAGGACAUGACUUAGCCAUCCAGUAUCGUGAACUGCUGCAGAUGGUCAUGCAUCUUAUUCACAAGCCAAGUCCUGAGGCCCGCAAUGCCCUGAGCACAGUGUCUCGCAAGAUUGCUCAGUGUGUUACAGAUUUAGUCUCUACAUCUGAGGCCUUGAAAGGUCAUGAUUGGGAAGAUCCUGAUGAUCCGACUGUAAUUGCUGAGAAUGAACUCAUUGGUGCUGCCAAUUCUAUUGAUGCUGCUGCUCGGAAGUUGAUGGCUCUAAGGCCUCGCCGUACUGAGACAAAGGAAAUUGAUGAAUCUAUGAACUUCGAUGAAAUCAUCUUGGAGGCCUGUAAGUCUAUUGCAGCAGCCACAGGAGCUCUUGUAAAGGCUGCUUCUUCAGCACAACGUGAGCUUGUUGAUUCCGGAAGAGUCAGGCGUCGUCCUACAGUCACCUCUGAUGAUGGGCAGUGGUCUGAGGGGUUGGUUUCAGCUGCUCGUCUUGUGGCUGCAGCCACACAUUCUCUGUGUGAAGCUGCUAAUGCACUAGUCCAAGGACAAGCAAGUGAAGAGAAGCUGAUCUCAGCUGCAAAGCAAGUGGCUGGUUCAACUGCUCAGUUGCUUGUAGCAUGUAAAGUAAAGGCUGAUCCAGACUCAAAUGCCACCAAGCGCUUGCAGGCAGCAGGAAAUGCAGUUAAGCGAGCCACAGACAACUUGGUAAAGGCUGCCCAGCAGGCCAUUGAACAUGAAGAAGAGUUUACUGUAGUUGUUAAAAAUCGUCUUGUUGGCGGUAUGGCCCAGGAGAUUGAUGCCCGAGAACAGGUCCUGAAAGUAGAAAGAGAACUUGCAGAGGCCAGAGCCAAGUUAUUAGCUAUCCGUCGUCAGAAGUAUGGAAAGGAUGGCAAUGAGUCAGGACUUUCAGACACUGAUGGAUAUCUCUCUGGUUAUGAUUCCUCCCAUGAAAAUUCUGGUGUCAUCACUACCACUCGUGCUGUAAAGGUUACAUGCAAGUAUCCGGAUCCCCCGCAAACAAGGUCGCCAAACCUCUCCCACACCACGUCAUUUAACCCAAGCCCCAUCCGCAGCCAUCUUACUUCACACCAAACAUCCCAGUCUUUCAACCAGUCACAUUUCCAGUCAAAUGGCGGAUCUGCUGAUAAUUCAUUCAACCUGUCUGGAGCCAGCGAUGGUGGUGCAGAGUUUGAUGAUGGACCGACAUUCAAGGAAGCCCUUAGAGCAUUCCAGAACAAAGGAACUGGUUCGGCUAGCUCCUCUGCCAACACCUCCUUGAACAGAUCCAGCAGAACUUCCACUCAGAAUGCCCAGCAGAUUCUGUCAAGCUCAACUCAGCGUAUUGAGCGCACCAUGCACAUGACCAGCUCAAACAGAAGCUAUCAUGUAGAGGAGAGCUGAAACAAGAUACCAAAUGCAUUUAUUGUGUUAGGUGUUAUAGAGUAGAUCUUCCCAGCCUGGUUAGGAUUGCAUUGCUUACAUUAUUGUCUCUGAAGAAAUCUAUUUUGUGUAGACAGACAUUAAAUUUACUGAAUAUUAUAUAUCAGCAUGUAUACAGGUGCAGUAAUUUGAGUUCAUUGUCAGGCUUCAUGUCGCUUUCACCCAUGUGCUUUUAUGUCUGCGUGCAAGUUAGGUAAGAAUUUUAAGUCCUGAACUACAGGUGCCUUUAAAUGUCCAGCCACAGGCAUCCACUCUUGGAUGUAUGGAGGAAAUGGACACCAGCCUUAUCACAUAAUAUUAUCCAGUUUCAAUUUAUAAUUUUUUAAGGUUAUUGUAUUUCCCCCAUUGCUUUAAAUCAAACUAGAUAGUUAUUAUGGGGAAAAUGCAACUGAAAGAUAAUGCUUAUUGAUUAUAAUUAAUAUAUUGAAUCCUAUAUUUAGAAAUAAGUAAUCCUUUUAAUAACAGAUAAACCAAAUAAUAAAAUGUUAAAUUGGAAUGUUCUCUAAAAGUUUAAACCAUUCAGCCUAGAAUGUUUCACAACUUAUCCCAUAGAUGUAAAUGAAUAACAGCUGACAUGCUUACAUUUUGGUUACUGAAUUAACAUUUUGGUGCUGAAAAUUUUCUUAUAUUAGUCACAUAAAACAUAUCAUGAUGUACAGUUGUAAUGUAUGCUAUUGUAAUGUAGCUUAGUACAAAGAGGGUAAAUAAGAGGGAGGGGGAAUUUUAUGAAAUAGAAGAUUUAUAGGUUAUUUAUUGUUUAUUAACAUGAUAGAGCUUCUUAAAUGUCAUGUAAUCAAUAUUACUUACUGCUUUUAGAAUUUGUAGGGGAAAGUUUUAGUGAAUGAUUUCUCUUCUUUUUAAGGCAUGAAAGAUAUGUAUACUUACAUGUAUACUUGUAUUCUCCCUCUCUCUGUGCACUGCCCACCACCUUGUUCUUGCGAGCCCACUCCAGUAAAUCCGUCGCAAAAGAAACAGUGCCUAGGGUCAGAAGGCCCUUGUGUCUUACCGUCUAACAUGUAACAUAUAAUAAAAGUGUGUACGCAA